AUGUCAAACUUCAACUUUGCCUCCCAACAGGCUUUUACCCAGAUUGAUAACUCAUCAUCAAGUCUCGGCAUGCCUCAACAAUCCCAUUCCCCAGUCCAGCAACAGUUUGUUAACAAUCCUUCCGCCAUCCUUGCCACCCCUCAACAACAACAACAAAUCCACUCUUCUCCAUCUUCUCAGCAACAACAACAAUCAAAGGAAAAGUCUCAAUUAUGGAUGGGUGAAUUGGACCCUUGGUGGGAUGAAAGUACUAUCCGUUCAAUUUGGUCAUCUCUUGGUGAAAACGUCAUUAAUGUCAAACUUAUCAAGGAAAAAUCUAUGGAUCCAAACGCUUCUGCCACCAGCAACAAUGCCGGCUACUGUUUUGUUGACUUUGGUAGCUAUUUGAAUGCCUCAAAAGCAAUUAUGAAAAAUGGUUUACUCAUCCCGGGAACAAACAAAGUCUUGAAACUUAACUGGGCUUCUGGCUCCAACAACUUUGUCUACAAUUCUAACAACAAUCCUUUGACUCCAAGCAACAAUUCUAUGAAUGGCAAUAUGAACGAAUCAUCUAUUUUUGUUGGUGAUUUAGCUAAUGAUGUUAAAGAGCAUGACUUGUUUGAAUUGUUCAAAUCUAGAUACCCUUCUGUUACAAAUGCAAAGAUCAUGAUGGACCCUGUUACUGGAACUUCUCGUGGUUAUGGAUUCAUCAGAUUUGCAAACGAUCAAGACCAACAACGUGCUUUGAUUGAAAUGAAUGGAAUUGUCGUGAACGGCAGACCUCUCAGAGUUAGUACUGCUGUUCCAAAGAACUCGGUCAACAACUCAAGCAACCCUGUCAGUGCGACUCCCUUGUUCAGCAACAGCCCUAGCAGACCAAUUGCUCCACAAACUUCCCAGUUUCAACCUCCAUUGAACCAAUAUACUGAUCCAAAUAAUACCACAGUUUUUGUCGGUGGAUUAAGUAAUGGUGUUUCAGAACAACAGCUUCGUUCCUUCUUCCAAUCCUUCGGUGAUAUCAUUUAUGUUAAAGUUCUUAACAAUAAGGGCUGUGGUUUUGUUCAGUAUGUUCUUCGCUCUAGUGCCGAAAAUGCAAUCCAGCAAAUGCAAGGCUACCCAAUUGGUAAUUCUAGAAUUAGAUUGUCUUGGGGGAGAAGCUCUGUACAGAACAACCAAAACCAGCAAAAGUACUUGCAACAAUUAGCUGCUCCAAACUUAUAUACUCAAUUCAAUAGUGAAUUGGGUAACCUUAAUUCUACCAUCAGUACUGCCACCAACUUGACCGCUACUCCUGCCUCAACUACAAACUUCCAGUCCUCCCCUAGUCCAACUGGUAUAUCCUCAAACAUUUCCAUUCUUGGAUCUGUCCCAAUGAAUUCAACUCUUUUCCCAACACAGACUCUUACUCCUCAACAGCAACAACAAGCACAGGGUUUGUCAAAUGGCACCGGUCUUGCCGCUCCAGUUCCUACCGGUAUCUCCAACCCAAAUACUUUCAAUCUAUCAUCGACCCUUGGCGCUCCAUCCAUCGUAAACUCUAACUCCGUGGGUAAUGUUCCAACUAAUGGAAUCAAUACUGGUUCAAUGUUGGCCAAUAUUGAUGGAUCUACUGAUCAAUUGAGAUUGAACACAUUAUUGAAUGCUGCUAGAGAUGGAAGAUUGGAUCGUGUCGAAGCCAGUAGUGGUGGGUUCAUUUACGCCUGA